CAUCAAGAACUGAACUGAUCUUUGUGAAUAACACAAUGGGGAUUUUGAUUCUCUUCAUUUGUUCCAUUCCUGUUUCAGGUGCUUUAUGGGCAGAAACACUUGCAACGGGAAUUUUGGGAAGAACAAUCACAAUAGCUUGCAAUUACAAUUCACGGUGGUACCAGCCAAGCAUGAAAUAUUGGUGUCACGGAUGGACUCGUGAUUGUAAGGUCAUAGCAACGACAAAUUGGCAGACUGGGAGAAUAUCAAUCACUGACAACAAAACACAAGGAAUAUUUCUUGUCACAAUGAAGAAUCUUCAAUGGGGAGAUGCCGGAUGGUACAGCUGUGGGAUUGACACUCCUGGCCUUGACCCACAUUUUAAUGUAAAGCUGCACAUCUCUGAAGAAGCCGUCUCUGUUCCUGGGCUUCGAUUUUUAUCCCAACCAAAUGUCUCAUGUUCUGGGGGGUCAGUGACAGUCUCCUGUGAGUCUGCCCGGGGAUCCCUCCCCAUUCACUACGCAUGGUCUGAGAAGAUGCCAUCACAAGAUUCAAAGAUCUCUGACACCAAUAAACUGGAUCUACAUUGUCAAUCCUUCACACAGCAGCAUCAUCAAUAUUACUGCACAGCCUCAAAUACUCAGGGAACAAAACCCAGUGAAAUGGUUAAUGUGUCAGUCAACAAUGUAAGACAGAAGAACUGCAGUUAUAGGAUACAGAUCAACAGCAUCGGAGAGGAAUAUUUUUGUGACAAUUCCUCAACAAUUUCGGCAAAAACAUCACGAACAACAAGAACAUCUUCAGAAUCCAAGUCUGUCACUAAAAGUUACGUUGUCUGGGAUGUGAUACGCUGGGUACUCUUCACUGUCCUGGUGAUUUGUUCUGUUUCAGUCACAAUAGCUGAGAGACUGACAUCAAGAACUGAACUGAUCUUUGUGAACAAAACGAUGUGGACUUUGAUUCUCCUCAUUUGUUCUAUUCCCGUUUCAGGUGCUUUAUGGGCAGAGAAAGGUGUAACGGGAAUUUUGGGAAGAGCGAUCACAAUAUCUUGUCACUACGAAGCACGGUGGUACCAGUCACACAAGAAAUAUUGGUGUCUCGGAUGGACUCGUCUGUGUAAGGUUAUAGCAACGACAAAUUGGCCAAAUGGGAGAAUAUCAAUCACUGACAACAAAACACAAGGAAUAUUUCUUGUCACAAUCACGAAUCUUCAACAGGGAGAUGCAGGAUGGUACAGCUGUGGGAUCGAGACUUUUGGCCAUGACCCGAUGUUUAAUGUAAAGCUGCACAUUUCUGACGAAGCUGUCUCUGUUCCUGGGCUUCGAUUUUUAUCCCAACCAAAUGUGUCAUGUUCUGGGGGUUCAGUGACAAUCUCCUGUGAUUCUGCCCGGGGAUCCCUCCCCAUUCACUACACAUGGUCUGAGAAGAUGCCAUCACAAGAUUCAAAGAUCUCUGACACCAAUAAACUGGAUCUACAUUGUCAAUCCUUCACACAGCAACAUCAUCAAUAUUACUGCACAGCCUCAAAUACUCAGGGAACAAAAUCCAGUGAAAUUGUUCAUGUGUCAGUCAACAAUGUAAGAGAGAAGAACUGCAGUUAUAGGAUACAGAUCAACAGCAUCAGAAGUGAAUAUACUUGUGACAAAUCCUCAACAAUAUCAUCAACAACAUCAACUACAAUAUCAUCAACAUUAACUACAAUAUCAUUAACGACAUCAACAAUAUCAUCAUCAACAUCAACUACAAUAUCACCGACAACUUCACCAACAAUAUCAUCAACAACUUCACCAACAAUAUCAUCAACAAAUACACCAACAAUAUCAUCAACAACAACAGGAAUAUCUUCAGGACCCAAGUCUGUCAGUAAAAGUUACAUUGCCUGGGAUGUGAUACGCUGGGUACUCUUCACUCUCCUGGUGAUUUGUUCUGUUUCAGUCACAAUGUUUACACAAAAACAUGAGAUAAAACUUGAAGAUAUAUCGGGAUGAUGACUUGACAGAAAUUCUGGGAUUUACAUAUUAAUCAAUGGAAACCUGCAGCCUCAUUCUAAGUGACUGAAGACUUAACAGCAAU